AUGUCGAGGAGUACCAUUGAAAACGUGCUUUCUAGCUUGCGCAUUCCUUCCCGAUGUCGCUGUUCUAUUGUAGAAAAACUACUGAGGGAUGCAAAGGCGAGUGUUAGUGCUAGGGUUUUGAAUUUUUGGGUUAAAGUUUAUGUGGACAUAAAUGAUCUAGCUCAUUCAGACACGAACGAGGGCAUGAAUUCGAACACAGAGGAAGAAGAUAUAGAUUCAGACACAGAGGAGGAGAUAGCAGAUAUCGAUUCAGACAUGGAGGAGGAGAUUAGUGUUUGUUCCAUGUGUAACGAGGAGAUUGUGGUUGGUUCCGAAGAAAUUCGUAUUUCAUGUACACGCAUGUACCAUAGAGAUUGCAUUGUCAAAUGA